UAUUACACCUACCUAUCCGGACAAAAUUAAAGUUUGAACUAGCUUGCUUGGUAAUAAAUCAACUACACAUUACAAGGACAGCGUCUGCGCAAUGAUGGUGGGUCAUAUAUACAUACCCUGGUUAAGGAAAUUUCCAUUUCUUUUUUGUGCAUCAGAAUAAAAAUUUCAAGUAAAUCACGGUAGAGAUUCCCUUCAUUCUGUUUCUGCAAAUCUUCUGCGAGCUCAAAAGCAACUCUUGAGGCCUGUUCUAUUCCCUAUAUAUAUAUAUAGAUACAGAUAGACAUAGCAGAAGUAAAACAGAAAAGGUAUGGCCAUCCAGAAAGACAUAGGAAAUGGAAGUGGUGACAAUGAUGUCCAAGAAGAGGUGAGGGAGCCACUCAUGGGGAAGAAUCUUGCAGAUGAGGAAAAUGGAUCUAGAGAACAGAAUAUCAGCAACUGGAUGGUUUAUCUUAGUACAUUUGUUUCAGUGUGUGGUUCUUUUGAAUUUGGAUGCUGUGCAGGCUAUUCCUCACCUACUCAAGAUGCUAUAACAGAAGACCUCUCUCUAUCUCUAGCAGAGUAUUCCGUAUUUGGUUCCAUAUUGACAUUUGGUGCAAUGAUUGGUGCAAUCACAAGCGGACUGAUUGCUGAUUUUAUAGGCCGAAAAGGGGCGAUGAGAGUGGCAGCUGCCUUAUGUGUUGCAGGGUGGCUGUUCAUUUACUUUGCCAAGGGGGCUUUGGCUUUGGACAUUGGAAGACUGGCAACAGGAUAUGGAAUGGGAGUCUUUUCGUAUGUGGUACCUGUAUUCGUAGCUGAAAUUGCACCCAAAAAUCUUCGUGGAGCCCUAACAACUCUAAAUCAGCUUAUGAUAUGUAGCGGAGUGUCUGUAUUCUACAUAAUAGGAACAGUAAUAACAUGGAGGACCCUGGCGCUAUGCGGACUUGUUCCCUGUGCUAUCCUAAUUUUUGGCCUAUUUCUCAUUCCUGAAUCACCGAGAUGGCUGGCAAAGAUGGGACGUGAAAAGCAGUUUGAGACUGCGUUGAAAACUCUUCGUGGCAAAGACACUGAUAUAUCUCACGAGGCAGAUGAAAUUAAGGAUUAUAUAGAAACUCUGGAGCGGCUCCCUAAAGCUAAACUGCUCGAUUUGUUUCAAAGAAGAUACCUGCGAUCCGUAACUAUAGGAGUCGGACUGAUGGUCUUUCAGCAAUUUGGAGGAAUUAACGGAGUCUGCUUUUAUACCAGCAACAUUUUCGAGUCAGCGGGAUUUUCUGCUACUAUUGGAACCAUAACCUAUGCCAUUAUUCAGGUUGUAGUUACAGCCCUUAACACAACCGUGAUAGACAAAGCUGGAAGAAAGCCUCUCUUAUUGGUUUCUGCAACAGGACUGGUCAUUGCCUGCCUGAUAACUGGGACAUCAUUCUAUUUGAAGACUAAUGACUUAGCGCUCAAGGCUGUGCCUGCACUUGCCGUUACUGGCAUACUGCUAUAUAUAGGAUCCUUUUCAGCAGGAAUGGGUGCAGUUCCCUGGGUUGUAAUGUCAGAGAUAUUUCCUAUAAAUAUCAAAGGAGUAGCAGGAAGCCUAGCAACGCUAAUGAACUGGUUUGGUGCAUGGACAAUCUCCUAUACCUACAACUUUCUCAUGUCCUGGAGCUCCUAUGGUACCUUUAUUAUUUAUGCUGCGAUCAAUGCACUGGGUAUUGUUUUUGUGGCCAAGGUGGUGCCAGAAACCAAAGGAAGAACCCUGGAGCAGAUUCAAGCAGCCAUUAAUUCAUAGAGACACAAAAUGAAGCAAACUAUCAUCAUUUCUUACAAAUAAAAUGUUCAUUCCCUCCCUAGCGUCCUAUCAUUAAUGGAAUGGAAUUGACUGAGAUGACAGAAAAUGCUUGUUAUCAGGAAGAAUUUCUGAUGUUGUUCAUGAACACAAAUGAAAUGAUGGGUGGUAAGAUUUGGGAGGUCAGAGAUAUGGAAUCAUGUAUUUGAAGCAAAUGAGAAAUUAUAGUAUUGGAAGGACCAUUCUACUUA